AUGCAUUCAUCCACCACCUUCGCCUUGGCCGUCGUCGGAGCCGCCGCCGCCGCCACCGUUCCGGACGUGACGGAUUUCAGCGGCGACGUGGGAACCUUUGACGUCACGGCGACGAGCGGACCCGCCAGCGGCAUCAACUGGGCCAACUUCACCGUCGAGAACACCAAGCUCGGCCUGCAGACGGCCUGCAAUUGGGCGUACAACUUUGACGGGCCCAACCCGAACAUCACCCUCGGAACCAAGACAAAGGUCGUGCUGUUCCUCACCGAAUGCGACACGCCCGACUUCGCUCUGUACUGGGGCAACGCGAGCCAGUCGAUCCAAAUCGACUACAACACCACCCUCACCAGCCGCCCCGUCAGCAUCGUCGCCAGCGACGGCCUGGUCCCGACCCAGGACUGCUCGGACUCGACCUGCAGCGCCUCGGGCUCCAUCGGUAUCAACGAAGUCGACCUGCUCGACGAAUCGGGCGCGUCCGAUCCGGACAGCCAGUACGGCUACUGGGACGUGACGUAUCGCAACUUCACGAGCAGCGUGCAGGAGGGCUACGCCACCGAGGACUUCACCUUCGCCUACAGCGGCGGCGGGUCCGCGAGCUGCUCCAAGACCGUCACCGCCGCCGGAGCCGCGCCGAACAGCUUCUGCUCCGGCGAGUUGGAGGUCCAGUUCGAGACGGCCGUGGCGCCCGAGAGAUCUAUUUCUGUCAACUCGACGGUCGAGAUCGAUGCCACUAACACCACUGUGGUUGGCAGUGCGCCGAUCCGGGGCGUGUGCUACAUCCAGACGGGCGGCCUGGUGUGCGAGGAUCGUCUCCGCGUGCAGGUCUCGGAGGCCACUGCUUAA